AUGAUACACAAGAUGGUGGCAAAGAAGAAAGUGCCUAGAAGAGUGCUCAAGGGUCAAAAGACUUUGGGGAAACUGGUAAUGGAGAAAUUAGGAGGUGUGAAGGGUGGUGAAAUGGUUAAUUUCGGUUGUUUGGGUGAGAGAAUUCAAAUGGGUGCAGUAAGAGUACUGUCUAUGUUAUUAGUUGUUGCUGAAUAUUCACAAUUGUACGUGUUUCGGAACGCAUGUUUUGGGCUGGAUGAUAAGCAGAUUGCAGAUUUUAGGAAUUCUGUAAAUAGCAUUCUUUGUGAGCAAUCACUAUGGAAUGAAGAUCUCAUUGUUGCUACUCUCAAACUGCUGACAUAUGCAGCACGCUGUCAGCCUGCUUUUCUUGCUGCUGUAACUGGUUUCAAAGAGAAUGUAAAUGUCCAAUUAAGCGGGGAUGAUGGUGCCAAGCGUCCAGAUGGAGGUGCUAUUGGGUCUCUGGGUUCUAAAGAAGCAAAUCUGUUAGAUACAAUUCUGCAAUAUGUUGGAAGAUCUGAACAUCUUAUCAAGAGCAAACCCAACUUGCUUCUGAAUCUUCUAAACUUCCUGAAGGCAUUGUGGCAAGAAGCUGUUCAAUUUACAACUAUGCUGGAGUUGCUAAAAAAAUCUGAAAAGUUCUGGAGUCAGUUAACCAGUUCUAUCUUACUGACCACUAGCAUACAUGAUGACCCAUCUGAAAAUCUGACAGAAACAGAGGCUUUAAGCUCAGCAUAUAGAUAUCAAUGUCAAGGUGAUAUAUUGCAAAUAAUGGCUUAUGAGAUAUUCCUGCAAAAGAAGCUAUUACAGUCUGAAUCAUCAAAGAAUGGGAUAGAAAAUAAAGUUCAUUCUGAAAAACCAAAAGAUGCUAGUUUAUGUGGUCUGAACAAUAUAUUGUCAACCUGGCAAGAGAGCUCAGCUUUCGGAAAUCUGAUCAAGUCAUAUGCGUCAUGCAAAUAUGACAAUGAUGUAUAUCUUCGUGCAAAGGUGAACUUACAUCUGCUUUCUUUUUCGCCAUCUUUAUGCAUCUUUUUCUGUCCAUCCAUUUGGUGUAAGUUAAGGCUUCUUAAUGUCACACUCAAGGGAAGACUUGAGCCAGGUCCUGGGUGUAAUCUUUAG